ACAUCUGGCUGGGGUUUGCUCUUUACGUGGUGUUUGUCCCGCUUUCUUCCUCCCUUCCCUUACUUUUGAGAAACCACGUUUCCGCUUCUGGCCAAAGAGACCUUGGAGCUAGCUGGGGAGAUAAAGGUGCCGGGAAGGGAACACUGCUGCUUGCACCUCCCCCCCCAUACACUUUAAGACUUUUUCUCGUGGGACUUUAUCCCUCCUGCUCUCCUCCUUGGACAAGACUGUGCUUCCGUGCCGACCUGGCUGGGAGGAGGCUCAGCUGCUGGGAGAUGCCCUAAGAGAAGGCACCCUGAGAGCCUGAGAGCCCCGAGAGAGGUGCAGAGGACUCCGCUGAGCCAGCUCUGCAGGAGAGAGGGCCUGGCAGGAAGAUGAGCUCCCGUGGAUGGGGACUUGUUCUGGGAUGCUACCUGUUGCUGGCCUUUGCCUGGAGCCCGGUGCUUAGCCAUGUUCCACGUGGCCAGCAGGAACGGCGGGUGCAGGAGGGGACCCAAGAGCCACCUACCCCUCUGGACCAUGCUGAGAGGGCUGAAAAAUACAGCCCCAGGCAGGGCGAGGAGCCCCCAGCUUCCCGGUGCUAUCGCUGCUGUGACUCGGGGACCCCUGUGUACCAGACGAUCCCAGCACCCCAGAUCAACAUCACCAUCUUAAAAGGUGAGAAGGGUGACCGAGGAGAUCGGGGGCUCCAAGGCAAAUAUGGCAAAACAGGCUCUGCAGGUGCCAGAGGCCACAUCGGCCCCAAAGGGCAGAAGGGAUCCAUGGGCGCUCCUGGGGACAGGUGUAAGAACCACUAUGCUGCUUUCUCGGUGGGCCGGAAGAAGCCCCUGCACAGCAACGACUACUACCAGACAGUGGUCUUCGACACGGAGUUCGUGAACCUCUACAGUCACUUCAACAUGUUCACGGGCAAAUUCUACUGCUACGUGCCAGGCAUCUACUUCUUCAGCCUUAACGUGCACACCUGGAACCAGAAGGAGACCUACCUGCACGUCAUGAGGAACGAGGAAGAGGUGGUGAUCCUGUAUGCCCAGGUGAGUGACCGCAGUAUCAUGCAGAGUCAGAGCCUGAUGCUGGAGCUGCAGGAGCAGGACGAGGUGUGGGUACGCCUCUUCAAAGGCGAGCGAGAGAACGCCAUCUUCAGUGAUGAGUUCGACACCUACAUCACCUUCAGCGGCUACCUGGUCAAGUAUGCUGCUGAGCCCUAGUGGCUGCCACCUGUGGCGCUGCUGGGGACUGCUGACCUCCCUGUCUUUUUCCCCAACCCACCCCUGUUGCUCUGUGGACUCUGGGGCCCUGCAUCAACCAGGCUGACCCCCUCGCCUCUCUCCCCUGCCCUAGACUGGCUUCCUUGACCUUCACAUUCACGGCUUUGACAUUCAACAAGAUGCCCUUGACUGGUGGGGAAGCCAAAAAGGCUGUGUGGUCCCAGAUCUGGCUGCCUCUGUGGGUAGAGAGCUGCUGGCAGAUGAAGCCAUCAGGGUAGGCCACCUGCGACAACACUCAGGGCCCUCCAGCUCCCUUCUGUGCACACAGCCUUAAGCGACCCUGCAGCAUUGUCCCGUGGGCGUCUGGGUGUCCCAGAGCCUAGCGCCCUGCUCCUGUUGCUGGAAGUAAUUAAGCAAAUGCUAACGGUGCCAAUGGAGCAAAGUAAACUAUGGAAGGAAAAGGAAAGUGUUGUUAUUUUUGCCUCCGCAGCCAGCUGGCUCCCUAAGGGAGACUGUUUGUUUUUGCUGGAGGUGCCUAAGAUCUCCACAUGAGAGUGGAUCCAAAAGAGAGGCCUGGGCGGUGAGGACGGGGCUGGCAGCCUGAAAGGUUCAGAAACUACAUCUGCCUUAAUUCUGUUAGGGCACAGUACAAACCAUUUUGAGGACAGUGGGUCUGACCUCUGUGUCUUGUUGACAUUGCUGUGGCCCAAGGGGCUCAGCUGGUCUUUCUGAGCCACAACAGUGAGGGGGUUGGGGCUGGACAUCUCCCCAGAGGGACAGCCCAGUGCUCUCUGGUUAGCUCUGGGCUGGUAGAAACAGCCUGCCCACUCCGGCUCACAGGC